AUGGCUUCCAUACCGCGGGGAAGUAGUUUGGAAUCCGAAGUGACAGGACCAAGGAUCCGAGAAAAUUCAUGGGAGGGGUUGUGCUGCGAUUACCACCACCGGAAUGGUGCAGCAAGAAGGCUGCAUUGGGAACCGGCUAUGUUGAUUAGCAGCAAAGCAGGUAUUGUUGAGGCCUGGGAAACUAAUAACGAGGCAGAAAGAAAGAUACCCCCCGGUGGGCCAGCCGCACCUAUCAGAAACCCGCCAGCCUUGCCAGAUGCCAACAGCCACUCGGGCCCUUUGCCCAGGAACGCUCCGGCCUGCACAGUAGUCGCCUGUACCAGUCACCGUGGAAUGUGGGGGUUGGUUGCUUCUAUCCCACCGAUUGUACCCAGUACUUCUCAGUUCCGUGAGCUUGGAAGGUACGGAGUAUGUACUCCGUACCUCGUAUAUAGGGAAACUCCGCCUAGUAAAGGACCUGGUUUUACUGGUACCGACCGGUGGUCACUGCCUAUUCCAGUAGUCGUGCCACUCACCUCAACGUCUUCCUCACAGCGUCACCAGGUCCUUUUCCUUUCCCCACCGAGUCAUACCUCGAUCGUCCUUAUCAUCGCCAUCACCUCAAAUCCCGGCAUGACUGGUGGGUGGUCUUUGCUGCCGGCGAAAUCUCUAGGUAUUGCUCAACUAUCACUCAACUAUCACUCAACUGCCAUUUCCAAAAAGUUAUUUUGA